UCUCUCUCUCUCUCAGUGUUUUGGCGUUUCCCCACCCGCGGUCAGACAGCUGAAUUUGGGGACGGUCUGGUCGGUCAUGGCUCUGUCGUUCUCCUACUUCACCCUGGGGCAGGGAGGGGGCCACAGGCAGCAGCCGGGCAAGACGCGAGGCGCCGGGGGAGGUCAAGCACCUGCGCCAGACCCGGACACGAAAGACCCAGUUAAACAGGACCAAGUGUGGAGAGAAUACAUUCAAACCGAGUGGUCGGGAGUCAAGCAAUGGAAAAAGAACUGGGGUUUCCUUACUGAGUACGACCAGCUGGGUCGCCCCCGGCCGGAGACCGCCCUCCCCAGCUACGUGCCCCUGUUCUCGGACCGGCUCCCCAACACUUCCAACCAGACGUUCGGCAGCCGGAUGCGCACGGACGUCGGCCAGGCGCUGAUCCGGAUGGACAACCUCCUCCUGCUGAACGCGGGCCACCGCAGAACCAAGCCCAGCCCAGAAAUGCAGCCCUGCUAGGGCCAGGCCCGGUCCGACCGGACCGGACCGGACCGGACCGGACCAGGGGUUCGAGCCCAUCGCUUAUUUUAACCAUCCUCAGGUGCGUUCCAAUACUCAAAACAUGUAUCCUCCUUUCCUCCACUCGUCUCCCCCCCCCAUACUUCCAGAUAGGAGAAGGAGCUGGGCCGGUGGCCUGUAGCGUAGUGGUUAAGGUGCGUGACUGGGACCCACAAGGUCGGUGGUUCUAAUCCCGGUGUAGCCACAAUAUGAUCCGCACCCCCGUUGGGCCCUUGAGCAAGGCCCUUAACCCUGCCUUGCUCCAGGGGAGGAUUGUCUCCUGCUUAGUCUAAUCAACUGUAAGUCAGUCUGGAUAAGAGCAUCUGCCA